AAAAGAUUAUGUGUUUGAUUGAAACUAACGUGAUUUCAUGAACCGUAAAAGUGAUGUCGCAACAGGCUAUUGUUAUCUGUACACCCCGAUUCAUCCUAAAGUGGUACGUUCCUAUACCCCGUUCUCACACGAUGAAAUCCCCCUAGACAGAACGCGAUACCCUAUCUCUGAACUGUGCCCUGACUAGGCGUGGUACACUAUUUCUGUGCAGCCAGAUACAAUAUAUUGGCUAUUCCAACGUUCUGAUUGAAAAUCCAGACUUGUAGGUUUCGUAUUGGACAACAAAACUGGUAACUCCGGAGUACAAAGCCCAAACGACGGAGUGUCAGGGCUUAAUUUUUCGUGGAAGCGGAAGGUUGUCUUACUUCCUCCUCCGUCCUUCAGAAGUAGGUGGGCUGAAAUUAUGAGAAGGCGCCGGCAAUAUUCGUGCUUCCUCUACUCACAGCUGUGACAGACUUGAGUUCCUUCGGUCACCGAUGUGUUGAAACUGGAUUUUCCUGAUGAAUUGAAGACACGGGGACCAUGAUGAGAUGGGCCGUGCACUAGUGCUGGCUGCCAUGUGCCUAGCAGUAAUGUUCUUGUCACACACGAUGGCUGCAGACGACUUUGUUGACUUCUGCAGCGACAUGACGAUGUACGAGCUUUAUUGUGACAGUUGUAAGUACUUCUUCCUGAAGGCCGUCCACGACACGGCGAACAGAACGCACGGCGACCUGCCUCUGGUCCUGUGCAGCUGGCCUGACGUCAUCCAGCCCUACUUCGAGUUGACGAGAUGCCACGGACGUGUUGCGAGCUUGAUGAAUUGCUCAGACCAAAGUUUACACAUUCUUAGAGACGAAUUCAUGCUCAGUGUCCACCGGAAUUUCUUUGCUCAUUGCAACGGUACGCACAGUCAGCAUGUCGACCCUGAAACGGACGAGUUCUUGGAGAUGAUUUCAGCAAUAUCCUCCGUGUCAUUCGCUAUUGUCAUCCUCAUCAUCGCUCUGUUAAUCACCACGACAUGUUCCCCAAGGAAAUACAUCAGAUUCUGCUGUUCAAACGGACUGUAACUACUAUCCAAAAUGGCGACAAUCGAACAUGGCGGCGUGAAACAAACAACAUAACGACCAACCACAAGGCUCCUGUAUACUGCUGAAUUAUUUCCUUCAAACAGAAUUGUCACAGAACUGUACACGGACUGAGUUAUAUAGUUCUGUAUACGUAGUUACCUGUUCAAAUUUGUUAUCUUCGAUGGGUCGUCUUUUUCGAAAAUUAAAACUUGUUUCGUGAAAAGUUUAUUACCUCUGUAAAAUGGCGUAAUAGUGAACGUGUAAUAAUGUUACGAAUGAUGACUUUAUUUAUGGGAGAAACUUUACCGUGAAGAAAAUGAAGUGAAGCCAAAUGUUCUUGUAUAUAUCACACGCUAAGGGUGAAGAGUAUACAGUCAUGAUGCAUUGGUUUAUCAAUUAGAAACUAAGAGGACAAGAUACUAGAAGCUGUUUCAGGAAGAAGAUAUCUUAUCCAUCCCACUCUGUAAGAGGAGAGACAAGAUUGAAAAGCUGAACAUUCCUCUAACAGUUAAACCUGUUUGCCUAUUGAUAUUUCACUAUUUGUACUUGGUUGAGGUUUCAUUGUAGAUACAUGUUCAUGUAAGUAUGGGAUAUAAAAGGUUCAGUCCAACAUUAUGUGAUACAAUGGAGUUAAAGAGUUUUAUUGGUGUAAAACCCGUGAUGUAUAUCUUUGUAUUUUCAUUACCAUGCGUUUGUUUAAGGCAACAAAGCUGCGAAUGACACACAUAGUAAAAGAUGGAACGUAUGCAUCAUGAAUGCUGGCAUCGUUCAAUACUUCAUCUGUAGUACGAUACUUUCGAUGGAAGAAACGAUAUGUGAGAGCAAUGAAGGGAAGCUAUUUUCGCACGUGAUUUGAACAGUGCUUAGCGAUGUGAGUUUUGUGUAAAAAGGUAACUCACAUAUGUCCAAAGUCUUACUAACAAAGGUUCAGGUUUCAACAUUGUUAAGUUGACAUAACCUUUGAUGUUUGUGAGCUUGGGUAUGACGGCAUACUCUAUCUUUACAAAUAAAUAUCUGUUAUUUCCAAUCAA